GAAACAUGGCGCUAGUAUGGAUAGUUGAUGCCGGACCACUGUGUUUACUGCGCUUUUGAUUUUUCUGUCAACGCAGGAAUAUUACAAUGCUGGGAGAAGACACAUCCGCGCAUUUAGUCGUCGUAGAGAGGUAGUAAACAAACAAGCGAGUUUAAAGGAUGAUAAAUAACAGCAAAUAAGACGCCGGUGGCGUUUAGCAUUAGCUUAGCAUCUUCAAUAUCAUCAGACUGUCGUGUUUGCAACAGCUCAUAACACGACACAGGACUAAUAUCACACAAAAUGACUCUUUGACCACUGAUACAAACAUAUAUAUGUAUAUAGAUGAUCCUAUUAAGGCGUCCUAUACGUAAAUUAUUUAGAUGUAAUAGGCGUUUAUAGGCAGUGCUGAUGAUGGAGGCUCUUCGUGGAGGUGUGUAUGUGUGUUUACUGGGAUUCAUCACACUCGCACAAGCUGCUCCAGUCUCGUACACACACUCAGAAGAGUCUGCUGGAGACAUUGAUGUCUCUCUUACCGUCUCGCUGCUGUUGUCUCUGGCGGUGUUAGUGGCUCUUGCUGUAUUGCUGCUCAACUGUGCGUCCUGCUGCAAAGAGCAAGAGAUCAACUUUAAGGAAUUUGAAGACCACUUUGAGGAUGAGAUUGAUUUCACGCCCCCAGCGGAGGACACCCCCUCUAUGCAGUCCCCUGCGGAGGUUUAUACACUCACAGUUCCACCUGUGCCCCUCCCUGGGCCCCCUCACCUCCAACUGCCCCGCUUAACAGACGUCUCGUCGGGUCCUCACGUGGCUCGACACUCUCUCAGUUACAUUCAAGAGAUCGGAAACGGCUGGUUUGGGAAGGUUCUGCUCAGUGAGAUCUACGCAGACCUUGGAGUCGCCCGUGCGGUUGUGAAAGAGCUUAAGGCCAACGCCAGCUCCAAAGAGCAGAAUGAGUUCCUGCAGCAGGGAGACCCGUACAGGGUUCUUCAGCAUCCUAAUAUACUUCAGUGUCUCGGUCAGUGUGUGGAGGCCAUACCUUUUCUGCUGGUUUUUGAGUACUGUGAACUGGGGGACCUGAAGUGUUAUGUAUCGCAACAUGACUGGCUGUACAGGAAUGGAGAACUACUACAGCUGCAGAAAAUGGCUUGCGAGAUCGCUGCUGGGGUCACCCACAUGCACAAGCACAACUUCUUGCACAGUGAUUUGGCUUUGAGGAACUGCUAUCUCACAACAGACCUGACUGUCAAAGUAGGAGACUAUGGCAUUGGCCCUGCAAAUUAUAAGGAGGAUUAUAUCACCACAGAGGAUGACCAAUGUGUGGCUCUGCGCUGGCUUGCCCCUGAGCUGGUUGGUGAGCUGCAUGGAGGUGUCAUUACAACAGAACAGACUAAACUAAGCAAUGUUUGGGCGCUGGGUGUGACAUUGUGGGAACUGUUUGAGGGUGCGAAGCAGCCAUAUCCUCACCUAUCAGAUAGAGAAGUGCUCAAUCAUGUGCUCAAAGAUCAACAAGUCAGACUUCUCAAUCCACAGCUGGACUUACCCUACUCUGAAAGAUGGUAUGAAGUUCUGCAGUUUUGCUGGCUGCCUGCAGACAAAAGGGCCACUGCUGAAGAAGUCCACCGCUUGCUCACUUAUCUCCGAAUGCAGGGCCAGAAAGAUGUGGAGGAUGACUUUGAGCAGCGCUGGAGCUCUCUCAAACCAAAUCCAACUGCUCGCCAAGCCACUGUCAGUCACUCCUCCUUCCCUAUCCUUGAGCAGUUUGAUGAUGGACGAGAACCAGACGAGGUGCUCACGGUCACCGAAACGAGUCAUGGGCUAAGUUUUGAAUAUGUGUGGGAGGCAGCAAAGCAUGACCACUAUGAAAGCCACAAUCGCUCUGCCAUAGACACUACUCUAAAUUACCACAGUAUGUUCUUUCCAGUGCCAAGGCAAGACAUUCAUGCUCACUUCCCUGACACUGAGAGUCAGAGAGAAACUGGCAAAGUCCCGGGAACCUUGCCAGUGUUGGAUGCACAUAAAGCAUCGUCUGGAAAUGAGUACUUUAUUAAGUUGGAGGAGCUGGAUGAGAGUGACUUUGGGAUAGGGGAAAGUCAAGGUGCUGAGGGCACCAGUGCAUCAGAGCAGCAGCAGUAUAUAGUCUUACAGGAUGUGCGAUUGGAUGAGUCCAGCACAGAUGCUGAUUUCUUCCAUCAGAGCAUUGACUCAAAAGACUCUUACCUUCAGGACAGCCACAUAUGGUCAUCAAGUGAACAUGAGAGCCCUUACCAUACAAACAUUUUCAGUGAGGGUGAUGAAAAAUUUGAAGAUUCUCAUGCAUUCAGGGGAGGUUUCAUGGAGCUUCCAGAGAUGUAUUUGCCAAAGAAGGAUUGUGAUGAGGAAACCAAUAGUACAGAGGCCAAUUACUUUCAGAAGUCUUUUUUAGGGGCUGGACCAGAAGCAAUUCAUCUGGAGAUCUCCGAUCCGGAGAGUGCAGAUGUGAUGAAGCUUCUUAACAGUGAGAAACUGACUGAAAACUUUUUGUUUCUCAAAGACAACAGCCUGAUGAAAGAUAAACCUGCUUUCUCUCAGCCUGACUCAAGAAAUUUCCAGGAGACGAUAAGCUCCAUCACUGAGACCAAUGUCUCAGAUAGUGUAAACCUUACAGCUGAUAAUUCUAUGCAGCUUAAGGAUGAAUUCUUGGACUUAUUGAGCCCUAUUUUAGAAGAUUUUCUGUCACCUUUGAAAGGAAAUGAAACAAUGUUGCCUUUAGAUAUGUUAAUAACAGGAGACACCUGUAGCAACCAGCUGCCAAGCACAAAUGGCUCUUUGCGUUCCCCAAAAGUUGGGACUUGCUCUUCUUCCGAAUCUACCUCUGAGAGUGUUGAGGUCAUUGGUGACAGUCCAUCUGAUAGUCAUCAGUCCCUUGAAAGUGCCACUACAGAAACUUUGUGCAUAGAUGCCAAACCCCCUAGCCUUAAAGAAUACUUUGGAGCCUCAAAGGAGAAUGGGCAGUAUCUAGGAAUCAGUGAAUUAGCUGAGCUUAGCUUUACUACUUCACCUGUUGGUGAGUGUACAAAAGGUGGCCUCACUGAAAGACUAACAAGUAACGACUCAAUGAGUGAUGUCAAAAUGGAGCUGGACAAGAAGAUGACCAAGGAUAUUCCACAAUCAGAUGCCAUUGAUCAAGAUAAAACUUUAUUGGACAACCAUGUAACUCAGGACAUGUCCUCACUGGUGGUGUCAGACUCUUGUCUUGACCAAAUCAGUCAAGACAGCAUGUUGGAAGACAGCACCUCAUCCACUCUUCCAACUACUGAGAAUUCAGCUGAAACACCCGACUCGUUAGAUUCUCUGGACAUGCAGAGGGACAUGGUACAUGGAGAGCCCUUGGAAACCCCUGUCAAUAAGCUUCAACCCCCCUACAAAGCCGCGGACAGUGGGUACGAAACAGAAAAUCUAGAGUCACCUGAGUGGAACUCGCAAACAAGCAUGAGGGAUUCCUCAGAAGAGAAUGGGAUAGGUCAGUCUAUUUCUACACUGGUUCCUCCAGAAAUAAUUGUGUCUGAGGUGCAGAGUGUACCUGAUGUUCAGGUAAACGGUGAUGGGGUUGAUCACCAGCAAGAACCUGGUGAAGUUACCUUGAGUGGAAACUACAGAGAUUCGGCUUACUUCUCAGACAAUGACGAGCUAGAUAAGAAGAGUGAUGAUGUCAAUGGAAGCAGUUUGACAGAUUCUUCAUUUUGGCUCCAGAGUAAUCGUGUUGUUGAUGGAAGUGACGCAACCGAAUCAGUUGUUAUUAUUGAGGAGCAUUUAGUGUCCGAGACUGAUACUUCCGGAGAAUCUGCAGGUCCUACUCCAGAAUCAAAUGAUGUUGUUGUGCGGAGUAGAACAACUCCUCUUCCAGAAUUGGUUCUUACCACUGAGGAGGAAUGGAGCCAGGAUAAACCAGUGUCUAUGGAUGAAUCUGAGUUUUCUGAUCUUUUGUCAGACCAAAGUCAUUCUAUUGCAGUUGCAAAACAUUCAGCAAUAUCCGCUACCUUAACGCAGCCCUCAAGUGACAUCAUGGUCCAUGCUAAGCUAACAAGAACAUAUGCUGGGGAGGGAACAAAGAAGAAGGAGCCAGAUAUGGAGGGGAGAUAUCUAGGCAAGCUCAAUGGAUCCUCACUGGAAUAUGCGUCAGAGGAUGGGAUUGAGGCUGAUGAAGAUGAGAACAGUGAUGAAUCAGAUGAGGACAUACGUGCCUACCGAUUGCACAGCUCUAGCUCUGAGUGUAGUGAGGAUGAUGUUGUGCAUCCCAUACCUGUUAUCAUCUCAGACAACAGUAAUUCCCUCAACCUCAAAAGCCUGCUAAAGCCCAAGUCCCUUCAGGCUGCUAAACCAACAUCAGAAGAGGGCAGUGAUAGACGUGGGGUGUCCUUUUUUGAUGAUGUCACCGUCUACCUUUUUGACCAGGAAACCCCAACAAAGGAACUUGGGGAGAAUACCCAUGACCCCAGUAGCCCAAUGUCUGAUUUCUGCAGUCCAGUGGCCUCCUCCAGCUACCUUAAUAGAUUUACCAACUCUGAAAGCUCCACAGAUGAAGAAGGUGGUGCAUUUGAAUGGGAUGAUGACUUCCCAUCUCCAGAGCCCAGUUUCCUUUCAAAGGCAACCAGUGAUCAUUCUGGAAGUAGAACAGGUGGGACCUCGGCAGCUUCAAAGUAUUUCUCCCCACCCCCUGCCAGCCGUGCCCUGGAGCAGAGUUGGAACAGCCCAUCCACCUACUCCCGCUUCUCCAUUUCCCCAGCCAGCAUUGCUAGCUUCUCCCUCACCCACCUUACAGACUCCGACACUGAACAAGGGGGAAGUGGUGAAGAUGGAGAGAAAGAUUAAUCACUGAAGACAAGUAUAAAUGUUGGAGAAAUGUGAUGGACACUUUGAAGGCUUUGAUUGCUUCUCAGGCAGCAUUGGUAUUUAUUUGAGAAAAUGAAGAUGACUCUACAGUCUAAGCUGAACCUCCCUCUUGUGGCUGCUUCCUGUUUUCUGCAGAUGAUCCAGCUCAGUGAUCUGAAAUUCUAACUGUAAUUUACAACGUUUUUCAUCAGUGCAAUUUGGAGGAACCUUGCUUCACAUAUGCUUUAGAAAGUUUCACUUGCUUCUCACUUUCAAGUGUCCUGCCUCACUUUUUUGUUGUUUGUGUAUGUACUCUUGCUCAUAUACAUUUCUCUUCAAUGUCAACAUUUUACUUCUAAACGAUGAUGCUGAAAAUCAUUGUUCAACAGGAGGACUCCCGUAAACACUAAUGAGCCAACAGGCUCAUGCUCAUAUUGUGCAAUUGAAAUCAGACGAUACUUGCCUUUUACGUUAACACACACUGGAUUUUAAUUUUUUAACAUAAAAUCUGGUGUGACAAGCUAAUUUGUAUGUGUAAUGGAUAAGAUAUCCAAUAGAAGCAACAUUCAUGUCAGUAUGCCUCUGCACAUAUAUUUUUGUACAGUGUUUGGACAGAUGAUACAUUCAUGAAAGUGCACCACUUUUUCACCCAGGCGUAUAUAGUUCCAAUGAGAUAUCUUGUUUUGUAUACAGUGAUGUAGAAGUUAGAAUUUGGGCUGUUGAAGAGAUUUGGAGAUGAAAUGCUAAAAAGUCUUAAAGAUGUGAGCAGUUUCUUAUCAUUGCAGUGUAUUUGUGAGAAGUAUUUAUCAAGCUCAGCGCAUCAAAGCAUGAGCAGCCCUACUCUUUCCAUAUGAGGAAGUCCAGUGUGUUCGGCCGCCCAUGUUCCCAUUAGCAAAGCUCCUCAUUCUCUGAACUUCAGUUUAGGUUUGUGUUGGCAAGUUUUAUGAUUCAAAACAAGGGGGAAUCUCACUAAACCUGGUCAUAUUGUACCCUACCUUUUUUCUCUCUCUCUCUCUACAUUGUGACAUUUUACCCCCCAGUUCCCAUUACUGUGAAAAAAUAUAUAUAUUUUUCUUUUGAUUUUGGAUGGCAUUCACCCAGAAGUUGUCAUUGUGGCAGAAGAUAAUGCUUUAUUUUUUAGCAAGUAAUCAUAAAGAUUGGUGGUUAUGUAGAGAGACUGAAAAGUAAAUGUUGGCAGAACUUCCAGAAUCUAAAGCUUAUGGCUGCUUGUAGCCUCAAGAAGAUACGAGAAGGUAUAGAACUAUAAAUAAAAGCUUUGCCCAUGUAAACUCUAAAGAGCAGCUUGUAAACACAAGUUUUUCCUCUUUUCCAUCACACAAGCUGUUCUUUUGAUUUGAAUCAUUUCUAUUUGCCAAUCUAGCUGCUCAGAAUGCUUUUUGUUUUGGGCUGACAGUGGCAGAUACAUACUUAUGUACAUAGAAGAAAUCGAAUCAAGAUAAAACUACAGAAUCAGCAAGAUGAACUUUUGAUAUUACCAAAUAUUUUCUUGGUUCAGUCAGAAAGGAAGUUGGUUUUGGUACAACAUACUCAAAAUUGUCUAGUGUAAAUUGCGAGUCUGAUGUUUAUUUCUAGAGGUUAUGGCUGGAAUAAUCAGGUACAUAGCUUCUACGUCCCCUUGUAAUUCAGUACAGUACCCUCUCUCUGUUUUAGCCCAAUUUAAUCAUCUGUAUUACCAGCACUCAAUUUCAUUUCAACUUGAAAUUUUAUGAAAGGAAAUUCUUUGGUUUUAUUCAAAGAUAUACUUCGCUUAAUCUUGCACAUCUUUAAAGUGUAACUUAAUGUUUAACUGUACUGAUGGAUAUAAAUGUUAAAUUUUGUCUGUAAAUUAGGAAUGAUGUAAGUACAAGGUUUCAUUUAGUAAUUUAAAGCCAAAACGUGACGUAUCACUGGUGAGAAUUGAUCGGGGAAAAAAGCGAUUAAAGCUAAAAUAAUAAAUGGGGAAAUGCAGGUCUUCAUGUCCUUAUAACUUGUACAUUUUAAAAAUGGUGAUAUUUUUACUUCAUAUUAAUGAUCAUGUGUAGUGUCAUUGAAGGAAUGGUUUAUAAUUAAUUUCCCUGUUUAUUAUGGAAUUAAAUGAAAAUGAACUUCUAUC